UCUCCACUUCUCCCAUUCACACUAUAAAACAUGAAUGCGGCAUGUCACGUGGCCAGUAUAGCCGGUUAGACUUCCUGUUGUCAAUUCAGUGUGUUCAAGUAUUUGUUUUUGCUCUAACGGAUAUCUAACGUAACACUUCAUUGUGUUUGCAACAAGUCAGAAGAGGGUUUUCUGUGUGAGUCACCUUUUUAUCUCAAGAGAAACGGUUCGGAAACAAACAGGUCAGCUAGAAGGGCAAUUUGACACUGACUAUUUUUUGCAUCACGGUAGCCUUAACUGUCCGGUGUGCUAAACGUCAGUACAGCUCCACCAGGUAUCCAGUUUGCUUGCUAGUACCAUGUCGAAACUGCUCUCAAUGCAAUGCGUCGCCUCUCUGAGGAAACCUGGAGCUCUGAUUCAUUUAAGAGCGACUGCUUUGGGGAUCGAUAAGCGGAACUACAGCAGCAAAACAGGCUCUUCAUCCGAGUAUUUGCACCGAAGCGUCGUUCCAUCGAUGCAUUACCAGAAGAGUUUACCCAGGUUACCCGUACCAAAACUGGAGGAUACUAUCAGGAGGUAUUUAGCUGCUCAGAGGCCGCUUUUGGAUGAUGAGCAGUUCAGAACAACAGAGAAACUUGCAGAGGAUUUCCAGAACGGUGUGGGGAAACAGCUGCAUGAGGAACUGGUAGCUCAGGACAAAAACAAUAAGCACACAAGCUACAUCUCAGCGCCAUGGUUUGAUAUGUAUCUUUCUGCACGUGACUCUGUGGUGCUGAACUUCAACCCCUUCAUGUCCUUCAACCCCGACCCUAAGACCAAGUACAAUGACCAGCUUGUGCGGGCGACCAACAUGGUGUGUUCAGCAGUGCGUUUCAUGAAAACUCUGCGAGCUGGAGUACUGGAGCCAGAGGUUUUCCACCUUAACCCGGCAAAGAGCGACACAGACGGCUUCAAAAAUCUCAUCCGCUGGGUCCCGUCCUCGCUGUCUUGGUAUGGAGCCUACAUGGUGAAUGCUUACCCCCUGGACAUGUCUCAGUACUUUCGCCUCUUCAACUCAACUCGAAUUCCCAAGCGCGGGCGAGAUGAACUGUUCACCGAUGAGAAAGGCCGACAUCUCCUGGUUAUGAGGAAAGGCAACAUGUAUGUGUUUGACAUAGUGGACAGGGAUGGGAAUCUGGUGAAGCCUGCAGAUAUCCAGUCCCACUUGAAGCACAUUUUGUCCGACCCGACGCCAGCGCCUGCCUUCCCUCUCGGGGUGCUGACCAGUGAGAACAGGGAUGUGUGGGCCGGGCUGAGGGACAAGCUGUUAGCGGCUGGAAACGCAGAGGAUUUACGGAUGGUGGACAGUGCACUUUUCUGUCUCUGCCUGGAUGAUGAGAACAUGAAGGACCAUAUUCACAUCUCCCACAACAUGCUGCACGGCGACGGCUGCAACCGCUGGUACGACAAGUCCUUCAGCAUCAUUCUAGCUAAAGACGGACAGGCAGCCAUCAAUUUUGAGCACUCCUGGGGCGAUGGUGUAGCUGUGCUCCGCUUUCAGAACGAGAUCUUCAAAGACACAACCGAGCAACCGCUGGUACACCCGGGUUCUGCUCCCGCUGCUGUGGAUUCAGCCUCUGCUGUGCGCAGACUGCAGUUCAACCUGGACGGCGAGCUGAAGAAUGGCAUCACAAAAGCCAAAGAGAACUUUGACUCAGCUAUAUCAAAACUGACCAUUGAUGCUAUGGAGUUCAAGAAGGGUGGGAAAGAGCAGUUAAAGAAGAACAAGUUGAGUCCAGAUGCUAUAGUGCAACUGGCUUUUCAAAUGGGCUUCCUGAGGCAGUAUGGACAGACAGUAGCCACGUACGAGUCGUGUAGCACUGCAGCGUUCAGGCACGGCCGCACAGAGACCAUCCGUCCAGCCACCAUACACACUAAAGAGUGUUCACACGCCUUCGUCUGCCAGCCAGGGAAACACAGUGUGGAGCAACUGAAGGCCAUGCUCCAUCAAUGCUCGAAAUAUCACGGGCAGCUCACCAAGGAGGCAGCUAUGGGUCAAGGUUUUGACCGUCACCUGUUUGCCAUGCGAUACCUGGCCAACUCAAAGGGUCAGGCUCUGCACAGCCUGUACGCAGACCCCGCUUACUCUGCCAUCAACCACAACAUCCUCUCCACUAGCACCCUCACCAGUCCAGCUGUGAACCUUGGUGGCUUUGCCCCGGUGGUGCCAGACGGGUUUGGCGUUGGCUACGGUGUUCACGACGACUGGAUCGGCUGUAAUGUGUCCACCUACCCAGCUCGCAACGUCCACGAAUUCCUGCAGUGUGUCCAUAAGUCUUUAGAGGACAUUUUUGCUGUCCUGGAAGGAAAACAACUCAGUUAAAAGACAAGUGUUUGUCAUCACUGAAGAGAAAAUGAUAGUUUUACUAUUUCGUGAAGGUGAAUGCAGUCGUUCACAAUUUAAUACUUAAAGUGAGAUAAUAUAUUUUCUACACUAACACCAAUAAUGGGAAAAUUGUCAGUUUUCAUCUUAAACUGAUUAUAUCUACGGACUUUCCAGGACACAAGUCUCUGAAGUUUGACUGAACUUUACAGCAAGUUCAUUCUGACAGUGUGCAGUGAGCUGUAGCCUAAUGUGAAAUGUUAGCUGUCUUUUCAAUUUCAGAGUAACAGAAGUUAUACAGUGACAGCCCAGAUUCAAGGUGCUGUUCACAUAAUUUAUGCAGCUUUUUUCAGACUUAGAACUUUUCUGCAAUAGUACGGAGACGGACGCUGUGCCUUAUCAGACUGUUGCACGUCACACAGAGCAUUUACUUAUUAGUACUGUAAUAACCUUGAUGCCAUCAUUCUCUAUCAUUAACCGCCUUAUUCAUGUGGUUGAAUGUAUUUUGAAAUAAAACCUGAAUUAUA